AACUUGCUGUUUUCUAAUAAUUCUACCAAUCCUGUAAUUUGUGUCAAAUAUCUUAAUUACCUGUAAAAAUGGAUGAUCCCGAGCUUGAACAAAUUAGGCAGCAACGUCUAGCUCAGCUACAAGCGCAACAUGGGGGCACAGGUGAUCCCAACCAGGCUAAAGCUCAACAAGAGAGGAUGCAAGCAAUGGAAGAAGCAAAACAUACAAUUCUUUCACAAGCGCUCAGCCAGGAUGCUCGAGCAAGAUUAAAUACAAUCAAACUUAGCCGUCCAGAAAAAGGAGCUAUGGUGGAAAACAUGAUCUGCAGAAUGGCUCAAAUGGGACAGCUCAGUACAAAGAUAUCUGAGCAAGAACUCAUUCAACUUCUUGAGUCAUUGAAUCAACAAAUGCCUAAGUCAUCCAGCACAGUGAAGUUUGACAGAAGACGGGCCGCACUAGACUCAGAUGAUGAUGAUUUGUAGCAGACUGUUAUUUAAGCUUAUUUUUUUAUUGUAUUUUCUUAUAAAGCUAGGAUAAUAACUUUUUAUUAUUAAAAGUGGUUAAUUUUAUUGCAAUAUACAAACUGUUAAUACGUAUGGGAAUAAGUAAAUUUCAAUGUAUGUUCAAUUAUUUUUUAAAUCUUAUUAAUGGCUAAGAACAUGUAAAUGUUAACCUAUAUAAAUACACUGACACAAUAACACUGAUAAUGGUCUGCAAAUGUUUCUUAACUUGAAAAUUUAUGGAAAAUAAAAUUUAAAAGCCAUUGCUACUAUCCAUAUUCUUAUGCUAUUUAUUACAUACAGAUAAACGUGAAACACAAUCUAAGUAGGAAAUUAAUUAACAAAU